AUGAUGCAUAUAGCACCUUGGUCGAGUACUUUGGGAAUCGCCAUAACAUUGGCCGACACACUUCAUGGCAAAACAUCUGUAUUUUUACCUAGAUACCAAGAGAGACUAUAUUUACAAACCAUUGAAAAAUACAAGAUAGGGGUAAUAACAAUAGCUCCACCACUUCUAGUGAUGCUGUGUAAAUCGAAGAUUGCUGAUGAAUAUGAUCUCAGUUCUAUGGAACUCAUUUAUUCUGGAGGUGCUCCAAUUGAUUUAGAUACAAUACAUCAAGUAAAGAAGAGAUAUCCACAUCUUAAGCGCGUCUUACAAGGUUAUGGUAUGACAGAGUUGACAGGCGGUCUCACAGAAGACUCAGAAAUUACCCCAAAAGAAGGUAGCGUAGGACCACUAGCUGAAGGAAGUAUUGUAAAGAUAGUUGACCCUAAUACCGGAAAAAUAUUGGGUUGUCGUGAACCAGGUGAAAUCCAGGUCAAAGGACCAGUUCUAUUUCUAGGUUAUAUAGGAAUACCUUCAGAGAAUCAUUUAACAGCAGAUGGAUUUUAUAAAACCGGUGAUAUUGCAUACUAUGACGAAGAUGGAUACUUUUACAUAAUCGAUAGGAUCAAAGAACUGAUAAAGUAUAAUGCGUGGCAGGUAGCUCCAUCAGAAUUAGAAGCAUUGCUUUUAGAACAUCCAGGUGUGAUGGAUGCUGGAGUGACGGGUAAACCUGACCCAUCCUGCGGUGAACUUCCUACGGCGUUUGUGGUUAGGCAACCUAAUUCAAAAGUCACUGAAGAAGAACUCCUGGCACACGUAGAUUCUAAGGUUUCGCCUUGGAAAAAAUUACGUGGAGGAGUCUUUUUUAUAAACGAAAUCCCGAAAACUGCUAGUGGUAAAAUACUAAGAAGGAAACUCAAAGAAUUACUUGCUAAUUCGGAAAAAGAAAAAGUUCGCAGCAAAUUAUAA